AUGGUUAAAGACCCAAAUCUGCGGUCGAAAAUGCAGCAUGCUGUCUUAGGCUAUCGAAAGAUAAUUCCGUCCCUCAGGACUUUUUUGGAGAACACGAAAUACCUCAAAGCAAUGACUGACGUUGUUAAAAAGAUUCUCCCGGCCAUGUUUCGUUAUUAUGUGGCACCUAGGAACCAGCAAUUUUACAUACAAUCUCUAGAAAAUGACUUUGUGCAGAGAGUAGGCCCGAAAGAUUUUGGCUUUUGGUCUGCAUAUCGUCAGCUAUUUCUUUUCGCUAUGCGUCACUUCUGUGGAAUGACUGACUCGCAGCCCCUUGGAUUCAUUUACUGCUAUUCUCGGUCUUCUUACCCGUCUUCGCCCCCUGAGCUCUUCGAAUACGAGGAAAAUCAAAUGUCCGAGUGGAGCACCAAAGUCGCCUCGUUUCUUGGCUCAAUGACUCCUCGGGUCGCUACGAUACCGGUUCCUAUUCAGACUUGCGAUAGGUCUGAGAACUGGAAUCUUCAGAGCCGCUGCGGAAUGACAGACACAGAGAGUUUUUUUCUGGAUCAAAAGUACUUAUUCUUAGAGAAUAUCUACUCGCCUGAUCAUACAAUUCAAGAGAAUAUGACAUCUUUUGCAGUCAAACGGGAUAUUUUUCGUUCUUUCUUCUCUGAACUCGAUUUGACGGACAUGGAGCGAAUGCGGGAGCAGGAUGCAGGUGAUCAAACUUUUAAUAGGGAGAAAGCCCCGCCAACAGUCUUACAAAACACCGAAGAUACUGGAAUGGUGGGAAGUGAUCAACCCAUUGUAUACAAUCAACUGGCCCCUGUUCAGUCAACUGACAUUGGCACGGAGAUCUCAAGUCUCCCGCUCCCUAUUGUGCAAGGCCCUGUUCCAACUCAAUCAAACCAAGUCACUCAAAUUUCGGAAAUGACGCCUAUUGUUUGCAAAUGUACAGUCAACAUGACUCCCGACGAUUUCUACGCAGCAUUUACAAAACUUCCUCCUUAUAAUGGGGUCAUGUUCUUUGACAUAGCCACGAGUGAGGUGCUGUUUUUUCGGGCUGAAACCGCGAAUCAAGCACAUGAGUGGAUCGAAGAUCUUGACGACCGAUGGUAUGCUCGAGUUGUCGAUGAUGCAUUUUCUCUCAAAACUAUCUCACCAAAUGAGGUCUUUACUAUGUGCCAAAUUGGUCCCUGUUUCUUUUUCCAUGGGAGGAGGGAUGAGAGCAGCUUUAAAUCCCAGCUGACUCCAGCUGCAACAGAUACUGAUAUCUCAUUGCCUUGUUUCAAUCCUGAGACAAACCUAUGGACCUUACAAUCAAGAUAG